AUGGUUCGUGUCGAUGGACACGGACUUGUCGAGAAGUUUUUACUGUUGAAUAGCUCUACAAAAUCGGACAUUCUGGUUUACAUAGUGGGGCACGAGGCCCCCGGGUCAGACUCGCGGCACCCCUACGACAUGUCAUCUGACUCCAAUGCGAAAUACCUUCGCACAGUGCGACGUCACGCAAAAAUUAUUGCGGGACAGUUCUUCGGGCACCUUCACGCUGACACGUUCCGAGUUAUUUACGAUAAUGAUCGGCCAGUGUCGUGGACAUUCAUGGCUCCAUCAGUGAGCCCUCACCGAGAUCCCGCCGACUCCUCCAACCCCGGGCUCAGGCUUUACAAGUUUGAUACCAACACAGGAAAGGUGUUGGACUACACCCAGUACUACCUAGACCUGGCGGCCGCCAACCGGAACGUGGCCGAGUGGACGGCGGAGUACAACCUCACGCAGUACUACGGCCUGCACGAGGUGUCCGCCAUCUCCCUGCACAACCUCGCCGACAAGCUGCAGAUAGGCACGCCGCAUGAGACCAAUAUAUUCCACAAGUACUUACGCGCAUACCGCGUGCGUCACGAAAGCUCCGAGUCGUGUGACGGCGCGUGCGCACACCAGCACUUCUGCGCGAUCACGUGUCUAGAGCACGUCGCGUAUCGGCAGUGUGUGGAGGCGGCUGCCAGUGCCCUCGCUGCCGCCGGCGACUCUGCACCUCUCACCACGCCGCUACUGAACACUAUCGUAAUAUUAUUUGCAUUCAUUAUUGUUGUUAUUAAUUAAUUUUGUUUAUUUACA